AUGUCAAAGGUCAUUCGGAGCGUCAAGAAUGUCACCAAGGGCUAUUCCAGCGUCCAGGUCAAGGUGCGCGAAGCGACCAGCAAUGACCCAUGGGGCCCAACGGGGACCCAGAUGAGCGAGAUCGCUCAGUUGACGUUCAACUCGUCUACCGAAUUCUACGAGAUCAUGGACAUGCUCGAUAAGCGGCUCAACGACAAGGGCAAGAACUGGCGACACGUCCUGAAAGCGCUGAAGGUUAUGGAUUAUUGCUUGCACGAGGGGUCGGAGCUCGUUGUGACAUGGGCCAAGCAGAACAUAUUCGUCAUCAAGACGCUGCGCGAGUUCCAAUACAUUGAUGAAGACGGCAGGGAUGUUGGCCAGAACGUUCGUGUCGCCGCCAAAGAGCUGACCUCGCUGAUCCUUGACGAUGAAAGAUUGCGGGCUGAGCGGGUUGAUAGGAGGUCAUGGAAAUCCCGUGUCAACGGCCUGGAAGAGAAUGCGUCUCAGCACAGCCAGCCUCAGCCCCGGCGGGGGCCCCGGCCGUACACUGAAGAGGAGGAUGCCGAGAUCAGACUGGCAAUCGAGGCUAGCAAACAUCAGGAAGAGGAGGAUAGGAAAAAGCGUGAGAGUCGGGCUGCCGAAGAGGAGGACGACGAUCUCGCAAAGGCUAUCAAGCUAAGUAAAGAGGAGGAGGAGCGUCGCCGGCGUGAGCUCGAGGAGACCAACGCGUCUUCUCUUUUCGACGAUGCACCGGCGCAGACGCCCCAGGCUCAGUACACGGGGUUUAAUCAGGGGUACCAGCAAGGGAGCGCAGUGGAUUUCUUCGCGAACCCAAUCGACCAGAACAUGAUGCAGAUGCAGCCCACAGGCUAUGUGAACAAUGCAUACACAGGAUUCCAGACACAGCCUACCGGGUACCCCAAUGGUUUCGCAAACGGAUUUGGCCAGCAGCAGAACGCUUUCGACCCUUAUGGCCAGCAGCAGCAGAUGACGCAGCAGGCCUUUCAACCUCAACCCACAGGCUUCAACCCCUAUCUGCAGCAGCCACAGCAAGCGCAACUGCAGCAGCAGUAUCUUCAACCACAAAUUCAGGAACCAACGCUCCAGCCGGGCACCAACAAUCCUUGGGCCAGCAACAACAACAGCCUGCAGAGCCUUAAGCCCAUGCCCACCGGUUCGAAUAACCCGUUCGCACAGCGGCCCUCAACAGGAUACAAGGCGCAAUCAAUGACCAGCCUCGGCACGCUCCCGGAGCAAAAGACGCUUAAUACUUUCCAGCAGAACCAGCCUUCCUUUGGCAUGCAUCAGCAACAGCAGCAACAACCCCAGUUCCAACCUCAGCAGCAGCAACAGCAACGGCCUCAAAAGGAGAUGACCGAGCACGAGGCGAGGUUGAACGCGCUGCUGGCCGGCGGCGACGGCAUGGACACGUUUGGCAACACGGGCCAGCUCCGCAUCCCCGCGCAACACACGGCUCCCGGGGUGUUUGUCAACAGCGCUGGCUCCGGUCUUGGCAGGCUCACAACUGACGCGACUGGGAAUAACCCCUUCUUGAGGCAACAGUUUACGGGCAUGCCGGCUGUUUCCUACGGCCAACAACAGAACGGAUUCGGUGGGGGCUCUACGAAUAAUCCGUUUGCUGCGGCUGGCGGAAGGAGUCAGCAAAGCCAGCAGCAGCAGCAGCAGCAGGGUGAUUUGAUUCAGUUUUAG